AAGUCACCCUUCCUUUGACGUCGUACGCCAGCAAUCGUCUACCUGUCCUUAUCACCGGACAUUUUCCGUCGCUGCCGCUUACUACGACUGCAAGUCCUCCUUUACCAUGGCCGACGACAAGAAGAGAGAUGAUUACAGAGUCGAUAUGCCUUCGGGCAAGGAGUUCAGCGCGCCGACACCUCUUCUGCGCGCAAGCAGUUCGCGCGUAGCCCCAUCAGUUACCGAGAACCCCGUUGCUGCAAUUCUGGCAUACUGUGGUUCGUCCAUCUUGAUGACGGUCACCAACAAAUACGUCCUCUCCGGUGUCGAUUUCAACCUUAACUUCUUUCUACUCUGCGUACAGUCUGUCGUCUGUGUUGCGGCAAUUUCGAUAUGCAAAGCCGCCGGUAUCAUUACAUACCGGGACUUUAACAGCGAUGAAGCAAAGAAGUGGUUCCCCAUCUCUCUUCUCCUCAUCGGCAUGAUCUACACGAGCACAUGGGCCCUCAAGUUUCUUUCGAUCCCCGUAUACACCAUCUUCAAGAACCUCACCAUUAUUCUGAUCGCAUACGGAGAGGUGCUUUGGUUUGGAGGCGCUGUGACGCCAAUGGCCCUUUUCUCCUUUGGGCUCAUGGUGCUGAGUUCGGUUAUUGCGGCCUGGGCAGAUAUUCAGCAUGCUUUGUCCAGCAUGAGCCAGGCUACUUCGGCUACAACCGACGCCAUGUCGACCUUGCACGCUGGCUAUCUCUGGAUGAUGUUCAACUGCUUGUGCACGGCCACUUACGUUUUGGGCAUGCGCAAGCGCAUCAAGCUUACCAACUUCAAGGACUUUGACACCAUGUACUACAACAACCUGCUCACCAUCCCGAUCCUGCUCAUCGCCUCAAUCCUCGUCGAAGACUGGUCGUCAGCCAAUAUCCAGAAGAACUUCCCAACUGAGCAGCGCAACACCGUUAUCGUUGUCAUGAUCGUCUCGGGUCUUUCGACUGUCUUCAUCUCCUACACCUCCGCCUGGGCCGUCCGAGUUACCUCCUCUACUACAUACUCCAUGGUCGGCGCUCUGAACAAGCUCCCCAUUGCGCUUAGCGGUCUCGUCUUCUUCGAUGCGCCCGUUACAUUCGGUAGUGUCUCUGCCAUUUUCGUUGGUUUCGUCAGUGGUCUCGUCUACGCUCUGGCCAAGGUCCGCCAGAACAGCAAGCCCAAGACUGUCCUCCCCACCACCAACAUCCCGCUCAGCGCCAGCAGCAGGAGCAUGCAGGACAGCCUGAAGUCAUAG